UGGUUAAACCUGCAAUAGUUGGGUGGUGUGGGUUGAAAUCAACUUAGUUGUUGACGACCAUACUGGCAAACUGCGGAGUGUAAAUAGUGACGUGUCUACUACGCCUAAAUCCGGUAUUUUAUUCAGGCAAUGGCUGCCUUACUGUUUUUCGAAGAAACCGAUUAAGGAGAAAUCACUUGGUGGAUCAGUUUAAGCGGAAUUCCAAUUACAGUGUGCAUCGAUUUGAAACGUUUUCUUGUCAUUGUUACUGAGCGAAUUCAUGGAAAACUUGGCGUAUUCCACAUGCUCAAUUCCAGAUGCAGUUCUAUCGUAAUGUUAAAUAGGUCAAUUCGUCACUGUAAGUUAUGAAAUCUAAGAAUCAAAUUUUGUAGUAGAUUGUACAUAACUAUACUGUAUACUAGUUACUGUAGAUAGCUGGGGGAUAAUUUAUUAUAGAUUACCUAACAGGCCAUUAUCUCAAUCAUGUCAUUAUGGGCAUAAAAAUAAAACUUAUAUUUAAUAUGGUUCUAGAUUAGGCUUGGCAGAACUUUUUUUUUUUUUUUAAUUUUUUUUUUUAGUUUAAGCUUAGUGUAUAAGUAUAAGCCUUCCUAGGCCUAGUGCUCUUCUGAUGUAUUAAUCAUUCGAGCCUAGACCUAGGCUUUAUAAUGUAUUUUAUUGGCUUUUAACUUUAAAGAAUGAAUUAUAAUGCCAAUGCCAUGGCCAUGGCCAUUUUUAUGUUUAUUAAGCCUAGGCCUAAGUGUCCCAAUUUAAAAUAAAAAAAAGUUUUUGCUAGACUUAUGCCUAGGCUUAGGCCACUUAGGGGCGGGCCUAACCUACUACACAAAACUAUAUUGUAUUUAUAUGCAACAGGAGUUCUAGAACCUGGUAAUUUAUAAUAAUUUAUUUGGCCUAGCCCGCCUACUACUAUUUAGCAUUUAAUAAUUUCAAUAAUAACUAAGAAUGUAGUGUAAUCUAUGUCUAAGCUUAGUCAUAUUAGUAGGCCUUGUGUGUUAAACUUAAUAAUAGUAGUAAAUUACAUUAAAGGUAGUAAGUAAGCCAUAAGCCUAUCCUAUUUCAAUUCUGAUGUGCACGUUUUCAAAGUGUUGGCCUGCCUACACUAGGCUACUUAACGAAUCUAAUGAAGAAUUUGUCCUCAUGCUUAAUUUUAAGGCAAGGCAAUUCAUGCUGAAAGUUAUAGGCCUGAGCCUGAACAUAUUUAGGUUUAUACAGUAUACUUCAAUUUAUAAAUGCUAGCGUAUUGUUAUUUUUUAACAGGACCUACACAAUUAAUAGCCUUAACUUUAUAUAUCAAAUGGUAAAACACAAAUUUUCAACAGGCUAUCUUUAGUUUUUAUGUACAAGGCUUACAAGGACUAAUUUAAGCCUUGAUCCCCCCCUCCCCAUUAAAACACCAAUCAUAAUAUAAUGAAAUGCAAACUCAUGUAUCUUUUAUUUGCUGUGAUAAUAGGCUUUUACUUUUAGCGGCUGGGAAAUCGAUUUCAACUGUUUAUAUCUCUUAACCUUGUUUCCAAGAAUAAAAAUAUUUAAAUAAAGAAAAUAAAAGGGCCUACUUGGUUAUUAAAAAAAAAAAUUCAUUUAUGUUGAAAUUUUGAAGACCUUGUCUACGUACCGGUAUGCAGAAAAAAAUAAUAACUCUAAUUUACAACCAUUGUGUGACUGGUGUUACGCAAACUCUUUUCAUUGUUAUGGAGUUAAAUUUUAAGGUAAGAUUCAUUCAUUAAAAAUGUUUUUUAAUUAUUUAUAAUCCCCCCACCCCUUUUCCAGGUUUUUAUCCUGAAAUGGACAUGUAAAAGAAAAGACAAGAGGAAUAGCUUGUAGUCAAUUAAUACAUUAUACCAUCAUGUUUGUCACAUUAGUUUCGAAUAUUUGAUUGUUCAUAAAUAAAAUAUUGAAGUAAAAGAAAAAUCAAAAUGACUUAGACUUAGUGUAAUUUAAAAAAAGACUUCUGGUUAAAGAGAUGUCUGUCAGAUAUAAUAUUGAAAUGGCAGCGUACCAUAACAGAGAGAAGAAAAAUGGAGUGACAAGCUCUGCUACACAGACAGAGAUUGUCAGCAGUGAGAUUUUAUGGCAGUGUCUGUAUGUGAUAAAGUCGGAAUUUGAGAAUCUAUCUUACAGGGUAAGUUUAUUCUAUAACUAGGCCUAAGUAUCCUUUUUUUUCUUUUAAAUGUAUUUUUUUUUACCUUUUGUUCAUUCUAUACUUGUUGUUCAGUAUGCUUAAUUCUUGCUAAGAAAUCAGAUAUUUUUUCUAAUUUAUCUAGAUGGAUUAACUAACAAACUGUCAAAACAGCCAAUAAAAAAUUUGUAAUCGAGCUGAAAUUUUCGGAGUUUUCUUUUACUUUUAGGCGUCAGAUGUUGGCCCUGCAAAACACAGUCCCUAAUUUAUUUGAAUCAUUUCAUCAUGAAAAUGAUUUUGAAGAUAGUUUUGUUGACAUUACUCGUGAUAGUGAUAAUUAAUGUAGUGGAGUUAGCACUAGUGGCAGUUCAAGCUCUAAUAGUGGUAGUAUUUAAAAAUAAGGUACUAAUGAAUUUAAUUGGCAUUAUUUUUAUAUAAAGAAAUGUGUAGGUCAUCAAUUAAUUAAAAAAGUUUUUAACAUACAUUUAUUUUCACCCAAAUAUCUUUAUUAUAUUUUAUAAAUUGAAAGAGUAGUGUUUUUAAGUCUGAAAGACUUAUUUAGAUGUUAAAAAUGACCCAACAUUCAGUGUGUGUUUAAGUUAGAUAGAGAUCAUAGCAAUGUUACUAAAAAGUUAGAGAUCAUAGCAAUGUUACUAAAAAGUUAGAGAUCAUAGCAAUGUUACUAAAAAGUUAGAGAUCAUAGCAAUGUUACUAAAAAGUUAGAGAUCAUAGCAAUGUUACUAAAAAGGAGUCCUUUUUUGCUUUUGACAGUUCAUGGUUUACAACUAGUUAACUUGAAAUCUUCCAAACUAAAAAAAAAAAAUAAUUUAACUUGUCCAAACAAUAACUAAGGCCUAUCUAGACUGAAUAUUGGCAUGUUUUAGGUAAGAAAAUAAAUAAAGUAAUUUUUAAAGGAGCUGGAAUUUAAUUUAGAGAAAUUAUUUUGAAAAGCUAAUCAUACAUCAGUAAGGUAUUGCCAACGUCUUCAAAGAUUCCUCUCUUAAUACCAUAUUAUGUUCCAGUAACAGAAUGUAGUGCAAGUGACAAAAAAUAAAUCUCACUUCAAAGAAAAUGCGUCACACGAUUCGUGGAAUAGGUCUUCCAGAAACAUCCAUAAUAAGUGGACCAAGAAUUUCUCGGUGAAUUAUUGAGUAAACAUGUUUUUUUUUAACCUGGAUCAAGUCCAGGAUAGACCUUUUUUUUAAAAAUGACGGUGGGGUGUACCAUGACAUUUGAAGUAGUUUGUAACAAUCAGUAUCAUUGAAGUGGGCAGUUAAGUGUGAAUACACUCCCCAACAUUUUUAAAAGAAUCCUGCUAAGGCACAGCUUGUCAAUGAGAUAAGGCCUGGGCUUUUCUAGAAACUGUGUGGGAUUUUUAAUGGCGGGGGAUAGGAAUUCCCAAUACCCUUUCAGCCCAUGGUUACGCAAGGCUGUACAAAACUGCUGCGUAAUAGUGUUGUCGUGUACAUCAUACCAAGGAGUGUUAAUGUAAAAUAUAUAAUAAAGUUUCCUUUAUAAUUAUAUUAUUAUGACCCCUUGUACAGUUGUAAAUUUUUUUUAUUUGUUUCUCGCCUAAAAUGUUUUGGUGUUUUUUAAAUUUUCAAACACAGUACUGCAUAUGAGCCUACUGCAAACUAAUUUAUUAAUUCUAUUGUAUUUAACAUGAUUAUAGAAGGAGAUUAGGAAUAGUUUUGACUCAAAUGGAAACCUUUAUAAGUAUAUUGUCCACACUCGAUGUUAUUGAAUAUACUUCAAUGACUGAUAAUAUUUAAGUUUAAGGACUAGUUUUCAUAAAAAUUAAAUUGGCCUUAGCAAUAAAUUCAAUCUAUAAUUAUUUUGAUGCUUUUUUUUUUUUGGUUUUUUAAAAUAUAUAUUUUAUGUUUUCCCGUUUAAUUUGUCUUUUACUUUAAUCUAAGGCUCGACAGUCUGUGAUAGGUCUUAAGGAUUUAUAUUAAAGUACAUUAAGACAUAGUGUCUAUUAAUAAACAAAAAUUUUGUUUAUUUUUAUUUCAAUGACUGAUAAUAUUUAAGUUUAAGGACUAGUUUUCAUAAAAAUUAAAUUGGCCUUAGCAAUAAAUUCAAUCUAUAAUUAUUUUGAUGCUUUUUUUUUUUUUGGUUUUUUAAAAUAUAUAUUUUAUGUUUUCCCGUUUAAUUUGUCUUUCACUUUAAUCUAAGGCUCGACAGUCUGUGAUAGGUCUUAAGGAUUUAUAUUAAAGUACAUUAAGACAUAGUGUCUAUUAAUAAACAAAAAUUUUGUUGCUUUUUACAGGUAACCAAAACUCAGAAUGGUCAAGAGGCACUUGUUGUUUACCGUAAUGAUGUUUUUGGGGUCUAUGGUCCUCCCAUUGACCCAAUCACCCUGACACUUGACCCAUUGGGCAAGUGUCUGCUGACUAUUCUAUUCAAACCUUUGCAGCGAGUCUCAGUUGUGAAUCCAGAGUCUGGUUGCAUUGAAAUAAAUUCCUUGCUGACUGUAUUGAGACUGGUUGAAGGAAAAAACUAUAAUUUUUGCCCAGGAAUUCCUGAAAAAUUUUUGAUAGGAAAGGUAAAUAAAAUUAAAACUUAUAAAGUAAAAUAAUUAAACUUUAUUUUUAUGAGUCUAUUUAUAUUAAUUUUUGAAUUGUUCUUUAUGGAUGAAGGAGACUUGCUGCAUCUUGAUCCUUUCAAAUACUUCUCUUGUGUAAAAAGUUAAUCAAAUUAAAAAAUUUAAAUAAUUGCGAUUGCUUCUUUCAAAUAGUUGAUACAAAAUAUUUUGUACGAUGUUCAUUGUUUUUUUUUAGGCAUGUAACCGCCACGUGAUACUUCAAAAGGUUCCAUUCAAGCGUUUUCAGUCAACGAACUGCCCUGUCUACUACCAGACUCCACUGCUGCAACAGAGAAGUUCAAAGUCUCCCUAUCUAACCAUAUGCCCAAGAUGUUUGCAAGCAGCGAAGUGGGCACAGACUCUACCAUUACAGCCUUUUCCCAAUCCACAGCUGUUGCAAAUGAAUGGACUUCGCCCCAGAGAACCACAGGAGCUUUUUUCUAGAGAUAUCCACCCCAUGAUGUCAUCACCAAAUAACCUAAGGGUGAUCUCUGUGUCUCCGCUUGCCAUGGGAUCUGUAUUUUCUUCCAGUGUGCCGCCCAAGCUGCAGGAUGUUGAAAAACAGACUGGAUUACUUCAAAACAAUUCCACUUUAGAUGUAAAUGGCAACAGGAAUGUAGCUUCACUAACUUUACAAGAGACUGAGAGUGUUGGUGAAGUUAAAAGUCCAUCCUUAAUGGACAAACUGCAAAUGGCUACCACAUCACUUCGGCUUAUGCUGCAGGAGAAGUACAAGAAAAAGACACUGGGAUUUCCGGUUGAAGGUUUGUUUUUGUUUACUUCAGCAAGAUAUAAUUUCAAAUGUUGUGAGCAUUCAUAUACUUGUGCACAUUAUAAAGUCUGGUACUGGUUGUAAUAAUAUUAAAAUGAAACAAAUUAAGCCUCUUCUGAGCCAUGUCACCAAAGUCUCAAUGAUAAGAGUUUCUAUUAUGCUGGUGUGAAAUAUAUUUAUUAAAAUAAAACAUUCAAAUAUGAUAACAUUAAUGGCCUCAUAUAAGUUAGUUUUAUUAUUUAAAUAAGCCCUAAUGUUUUAAUUUGUUUGACUUUUUUCAGAUAUUAAAGUAGAAUACGACAAGAAGCAGGAAUCUGUAAAAAAACAACGGAGCAAUAUCUGUAAACAAUGCAAGAAACAGUUUUCCACUCCUGCAAGUCUUCUUAAUCAUCUCCAGCGUCAUGAGGGGCUGUCGGGAUCCUGGAAGAAUCGACCCCAUGCAGCAGGAAAGCUGUACACUUCUAGACGUUUCUCCCCACUUGUUAGAAUGGUGAUUCGCGGUUCCAAGACACACGAUGUACCUCAGGGCAAGAAGAAGUCCUCCCCGUUAUCUCAAACUAAUUUAAGAUUGGUCUUAAAAUGCCUGGAUGAUAUCCUCCUCUCCCUAAAUGGGACUCAGUUUGUGAAGGGAAAGGAUUCUUCACAGGAUGUUGAACAUCAGGGAAAUAAGUUGGAAACUAAGGAACAUGAUGUUCAGACAAGGCCAAGUCUGAAACGUACAUCUAGUGGACUUGCAGCAGUUCAAACAUUGCUAGAGGCAGCAAAAAUAGCUGGGGAUGGAUUUGAUGAUGUUAACAAGGCAGCAAAUUCUUUCACAGAUCAUGAAGGUGCACCUGGAAGAAAACGUAAAAAAGUUGCAGCAGUUUUUCCAGUCCAGCAUCCACCUGCAGAAAUUUCAGAUGAUCAAGAUGACCUGAUAACAGGCUCUGACAAAAAGCCUAGAAAAAGCCCGCGUUUGGCAACUAAGAAGUCCAAAUCCAAAGGCUUGAACAGCUGUAAAUCUACUAAGCAACAAACCACAUUUAAAAAUAGUGAAAACUCAACUUCUGCUAAUGAUCCUGGCUUGCUGAGAAACUUGGACCUUCUCUCAAGUGUUAGCCUCAAUUACCAUCCAUCGGCCGACAGUUCUAAUGCAGCUCCAGUGACAUCUCAACCACCUCAGAUUUGUACCAGUACUGCAGCAUAUCCAAAUGGUGCAGGUAUUACCUUUUCUACCUCAGCAACCAACAGCACACCAGCAACACAGAACAUAAGUAUUUCCAAUCACUUGUUAAACAACACAUCAGGUGGAAGUGUGGUAUUGACCAAUAAAUUCCAAGACAGUGACUUGAGGAACAGUACCAACCUUCCUCCUCUGCCUCCCUUGCUGUUUGCUGGAAAUGGACCUGGUCAGGGGUUUUCUUAUAAUCACAGCAAAUCACAGCCGCAGCAAUUGUCAGGUCAGCCUUUUCCUAGUACUUCACCAUCUAUUCUGAAGAACCUGGUCCUUACAAGCAAAACUCCAACUCUGUCCUCUGUCGAUUCAGGUUUAGGUGAUGACCUGUCCAGCAGUGAAUGUGGAGCCAUUGACCUGUCUAAGCCUAAGCAACUGAAAGUUGCAAAGACCAUUCCCCAAAAUUAUGAGAAAACUUUUGACAUUACUGGAUUGUCUGGGCUGCCCCAUAAUUUUGCACAACUGGUUUCUGGAAAUGACAACCCUAGAGAAAUGUUACAGUGUCUGAUGAGGAUGUCUAAUAAGCCCGCCAGCCCUGUGGCCCCAAGUAAAUUGGUUCAGCCCCCUGAAAGCAUAAUUAGCAACAAGCAGUCGGAUUCCAACCUGCAAGCACGCAUGUUUGCUAGUGCCAGAAAUUACAAAAUUGAUAAGAAAAUCCCCAGCAUUCCUCACGUUCAAGCAGUCAUUGCAUCAACUAAUCGUACUCCCACAAAUAAAGGGGGAAAGUCUGCAGUUCACGGUGGCACCCAGGGGGAUGAGAUCCACUGUGGCUACAAGUGGAGUGGCUCGGGUGGUUUGGUCAAGGAGCGAACACAAAUGGUUCGUGAACUGGUACCCGUAGAUGUCAUGUCUAAUUUCCUUAGUAAGUCUGCUUUGCCCACAAGCAAUUCACAUCAGCUAAAUAUGAAUCUAAUCUCUCCAUCUCAGGCAUUGCCUCAGCUUCCACCAAUGUUGUUAUUACCUUCCCCAACGUCAUGUUCGCCUGUUAAUAAGCAGCAGGAUCACUCAGCACCUCAGAUUGCCUUAAAUCUUACCACUACAAAAGCUAAAAGGAUUCCUAGUCCUCGAAAGUCUGGACCUGGACGCCCUAGAAAAUCUGCACUCCAACCUCCUGUCCCAAUGUCACCAUCCUCCCCUGGUUCCACGCCUAGUAGCAUCCUUCGAUCUUCUUUGUUAAAUCCACUUGGAACAGGCCCGCAGCCUGUGGGUGGGCGCAUGUCAUUAGAUGCUGGCAAUGGACCAAAAUCACCCCAGAAGUCAAUGAAUUCUUCAUUCAUGAAUAUUCCUUCACCAACAUCCAUACUUUCCUCAGCUUCCACUACACCUACCCCACCUACCAACUGCACAAUCUCCAGUCCUUCUUUGGCGGCAAUGCUACGCCAGCCUGCCUCAACAAAGCAUGAUAUGAAUCAUGUAGAUGCCUUGAUGAACAGCCAUCGCGGAUCACCCAUGAUCAUUUCCCACAAUAGUCCCAUCCAUGUCGGAAACACGAUAACACUACCUGGGGGUGUGCAGAUUAAGUCUGAACCAUCUGACAAUUACAUGCAUGAUUCAUCACAAGCCAGGAUUAUAAUGUCGUUACCCGUGAAAUCAGAAUUUGUGGGCCAGCCUUUACACAGAGGGGAUAGCCAUAUGAUCAGUGAUGACGACAGCUCUUCAACCGAUCUAAUCAUGGACAUAAGGGGAGAAUAUUCAGCCUCCAGGUAUGGAGAGGACCUGUCUAUGACACACAUCCAUUCUGUGUCGAGGACAGCUGACAGAAAUUCAGAUAAUUCAGCAGUUAAAUGUGAACAUUGAAAUGUAACUACAUUGAAAUGUAACUACAUUUCAGCUUUGCUAGCUGUCUUAGUGUUGUCUGGUUUGUAAAAUGUGUUAUUGAUUUUGUUUGUAACUAAAGGGGGCAUUAUUAUUGCACAAUCUCAUUCGUUUAUUGCAAAGUAGUACUGUUACUUAGUAAAAUAUUAACAUAUCUACAAUUUCAUGGAUUGUAUAUGUGACUAUGCAAACUUAACUCUUAUUCUUGUAUAGAUUAGUAGAGUAGCACAUUAAUGAAUGGAUUCUUGUACACUUUCCUUUAUAGUUAUAAUGGAAGUCAAGUUGAACAUAAAACUGGUUCUCAUAGGAACUUCUAGGGCCUGUGUGCACUCUGAAAAAUGGUACAUCCUCAAUGAAAAUCUGUCACCAGACACUUUGUCAAUGAACAUGAAAAGGGAACUUUUUUGUGCUGCACAUUUGAUACAUUUUCCAUUUAAAAUUAUGGGAAACUAAACAGCUUUCUAAUAAGCCUUCUGAUUUUCACCUUACUUUGUACAUACAUAUGAGUGUGAUGCUUUCAACAUAUGAUAUAUAUAUAUAUAUAUAUAAACAUAUAUAUUAUGGAAUAUAAUAUAACUGUAAACAACUUUCACAUUACUUCAGGAAAACUAGAGAUUGGUCUAUUGAGAGGGCAACAGUUUAUUUUCAAAACUGAAUGCAUAAAUCUUUUCAGAGGAUAAAUUCUGCAUUAUUUUAUCUUGAAAUCUUAUCAGAACCUUUCAACUUUUCCAUGUGAGCGGGAAAAAAAACUACUGUUCAAAUGCACAAUUCAUACAAGUUGUGAUGUGUUUUUAUUAUUUAAAUUCUUUAAUUAAGAUACCUCACUUUUAUUAACCAUAUAUCAUAGCAGUUUCAGUGCUGCAUCUUGACCAGCUAUGCUCCAAUACCCCCAUGUUUCAUAUUCAGACAGCCUCUUCACUGUAAAAGAGCUUUUCUUUAACUCAGGGCACAAAUGUAUGCACUUGUAUUUUGUUGUUUUCCUUCAUGAAAGAAGAGGAAGACUGUCUCUGAACUGUAUUGCUGGUAUUCCAUCUUCACAAAUAUCACACUUUUAAGGCAAAACAAUACAACUACACACCCUCUAAAAUAUAAAGGGGCAUUAACAAUAUAGUUGCAUGUAUAUCAAUAACCCCAAGUAAGGUUAGCUCACUGUUGCUUCUGGCAUUGGUUGUGGAAGUCUUGUAAAUUUCCUUAUAAAUCUAUAACAUUCUCAUAUUCUUAUAACAUAGCAGCAUACAAAUCAGAUGCAUGUAAUGUUGGUCAACUAUUUAAUUUCAUAAUAUGGAUGUAAAACAUAAGUCAUUUAUGAAGUCACUGUUUAUUUUUUUUACAAUUGUUAUCACUGUUAGCUUUCUUAUAAGCUAGGAGAACUGAAAUGUAUGUACACAGCAUAUACAGCUGUCGCCACAUGUAGAAAUAAUGUUCACAGUUUGAAGUCUAAACAUGUCAGCACAAGUUUGUACAUGUUCUUUUGUAUACAAUGCAUGGGGCACCAGGUAGAGCUUGGGGACAGAGAGAAAAACAAUAGGUAAAAUGUGAAAUCUUAUAGUAUUGAUAUUACACUGUACUUAGCUUUUCAACUAUUGGUUUAUUUUUAAAAAAUAAAAAAAAGAUCAUAAGUGGGGAAAAAAUGGAGUGACUGCAGCUCAUCUUUACAUUCAAUAUUCCGAAUUUUCAGAUUGUGCUAUAUUGUAUUUAUUAGAAGAAAGAUAAAACACAGAACUUGAUCUUUUCAAAAGUAAAUGCCUACUCAAUGUCUUUAUUUAAAAUUACCAAUUACACACAAUGUUACUUUAAUGGUUUACAUAUUGUAUUACAGUGUUUCUCAAACAUGUUCAGCCAGACCUAAUUUUUGUGUGCCCUUAAAUUCCAGUUAGUUUAAUACUUGAAAUGCUCUAUCUGACAUGAGACUGUAGACUGAUCUUAAUAGAGCUUGAAAUCAGGAUUUCACUUUUUAAAAGAUGUAUCUUCAUAAAAUUUAAUCCAAUGAUAAUUCAAGUUCUGUGCUGUGACCCUCUAAUAAGUUUGAGAAACACUGAUUUAUUGAUUGCAGCAUCUUCAAUGUUAUCAUGCUUAUUUAAAAAUGUACUUCCAUAUAUUCAUCUUUACAAGACUUUCACUUAUUUUGAUGGUUUCAAUUAGCUAUAUAUCUGUUUAAAUCACCAUAUUUGUGUGAAAAUGGAAUGCAUUGUUAAAUCAUCUGACACAUUUUCUUCCAGAGAUAGUCAGUUCUCUUAAACACACAUUUAAAGUGUGUGAGAUAAUUAAAUUCACAUUUUGUUAUAAAUCCACAACAUGACACCGAUUCAUAAAAAAAAAAAAAUAGGGUUUGAAUUUAACAUAAGAUUUCAAAAUUUUUAUUCUUGUAAGUUUGUUUUGUUGAUCAAUGAAUACGCACUGGAACUUGGCACCAUUGUAGUUACAUUAUGUCCCAAUAUAUAAGUCUUACCCCAGGUCACACUGCAGUAUGCUCUGUGUGUGGUGGAUUAUGCUGAUGAGCAUCACUUAAUGCAACUUAUGAUGAUAUAAUAGGCAGGGGAACAACUGAUGUUUUUAAUGUUUAGUCUGCCAUUUAUUUUCUUGACUAUCUUUUACAAAAAACAACACAAGCUAAUUGUGUACUGUUUCACCCCUUUCUUUGAAUCAAUUUGGGCUAUGCUUUGUAUUACAGUACAGGACACAGUUGUAACACUGGCACUUAAUGUCAAUAGUUAUUGUUUAACUUAGAUAACAUUUAUGUUAUGACAUUAUUCAGUGUAAAGUGAUUUCAUUUUUUAACCAAUUUGUAUUUUUUGGUGCGUAAUAAUAAAACUAACAUUUUACAGCCUUGAAAAUAAAACUUAAAUUUUACAGCCUUGAUAAGAAAACUUAAAUUUUACAGCCUUGAAAUAACUGUUUAUAAUUUGCAAUAGUAAAAUAAAGUAUACUUAUAAAAAGCAAAAGCUGAUAAUACACAACAGUUGGUAGUCUAUUACAAGUUAACAAAUAGAUGGCUGUCAUUCUGUAGCAUUAUAAAGUUAAAUUAGCCUAAACCUAACAAGAAAUAUUAAAAGUUUGUAAUUUAUAUAAACAUUGUUUUAAUAAAAUAACAUUUCCAGUUCUAAUUGAAACUUGUGAAAAUAGCUUUAAAGUGGGGUCUCAUGUACUGACUGGCUUAAAAAAAGGAUAUAAAACACCUUAUUUUACCUCUGAGUGGCCAGGUGAGAGACACUGAAAGGACAGACAGGUUUUGAAUCUAAGAGUGAAAUACCAAGAAAGAAUACUGUUAUAAAUGCUGAUUGCAAAUACAAUUUAUUACCCCCCAAAAACAAAAAAAAACAAAAACUGAAGUUUUUUUCCAAUCAUAAAGUGAUGUGUGCAGUAUAAUUUGUAAGCGUGAUCAAAGUCCUACUGAUUGUAAAAUAAAAGCAGCUGUUUUGUGAACAUACACAUUUAAUGUGCUAGAUUAUUUGUAAACCCUUGAGUGGCUUUACUCUGUUGAAAUGCAUGCAUUGGUGUGCAUGAGGUGUUUGUACAUUGUAAAAACAAAAAUUUAAAUAAUGUUACAAUGAAUUGUAAAACACCGAACAUUAUGAUUAAGUAAGGGCAUUAUUAAUAAUUUAUUUCUCUUUGAAAGACUUCAUGUUAUCGAUGUAUUUUAUUAUUCAAUUUGCAUUAUAAACC